CCCGGGGAGGGAGGAGAGGAAGGUGAGGGACGCAGUCAGGGAGCACGUUACCAGGAGAGACGCGCGGGGCCGAAGCUCUAGCAGGGGCUGGGGGCGCGGCUGGGGUAGGAAGGCGGGUCAGUGCUCGCCAAGAGGUAGAGCGCAAACCUAGGAGGAGGUCGCGUCCGGUGGGUGCCACCCCAGCGCAGCGCCCGGGACGUCCAGAGCGCGGAGAAUAGUCCCCGCUCCGGCCAGGAGAGAUCCCUCUGGGUAGCUGGGGACCUAGGCUCCGCCAUCCUUGAGAAAGAAGCUGUCCAGAGAGCACGCAUCCUAGAUCUGUAAGAAGCCAGCCGUCCGAGAAGCCGCAGAUGUCAGGCUCCCGGGGACGAUAGGCUGCACAGGAGGUUAAUAGAGGACCACAGGCGCCGAACCGUCGGGAGCUGCCCCUGGCCCAACCCACGCGGGACCUUCGCCUUGACGGAAGGUUUGGGGAACCGCGCCGCUGAGGCGGGAGCCCGCAGGGGCGGGGGGGGGACCGGGCGCAGCCGUCAGGGGGGGUCCUGACCCAGGCGCUAGCCGGGCCACCGGUUGGGGGCCCUCGGAGAGCCCCAAGCCUCCGACGCCAUUGCGCCCAAGAGUGAGGAGGAUCUGCUGGCCCUGGCUGCGUCGCGUCUGAGCCGCCGCAAGCGGGUGGCGGGCGCGGCCGUCGGGGUGGCCAUGGUGCUGCUGCUGCUGGUGGCUAUUCCACUGCUGGUGCACAGCUCCCGCGGGCCAGCGCACUACGAGAUGCUGGGUCGCUGUCGCAUGGUAUGCGACCCGCAUGGGCCUCGAGGCCCGGGACCCGACGGCGCGCCUGUCUCCGUGCCCCCCUUCCCGCCGGGCUCCAAGGGAGAGGUGGGCCGGCGGGGAAGGGCAGGUCUUCGAGGGCCCCCGGGACCACCGGGUCCCAGAGGGCCACCAGGAGAGCCGGGCAGGCCAGGUCCCCCGGGCCCUCCUGGCCCCGGCCCCGGCGGGGUGGCGCCUCCUGCCGGCUACGUGCCUCGCAUUGCCUUCUAUGCGGGUCUGCGGCGGCCGCACGAGGGUUACGAAGUGCUGCGCUUCGACGACGUGGUGACUAACGUGGGCAACGCUUACGAGGCGGCCAGCGGCAAGUUCACCUGCCCCAUGCCGGGCGUCUACUUCUUCGCUUACCAUGUGCUCAUGCGCGGCGGCGACGGGACCAGCAUGUGGGCAGACCUGAUGAAGAACGGACAGGUCCGGGCCAGCGCCAUUGCCCAGGACGCGGACCAGAACUAUGACUACGCCAGCAACAGCGUCAUCCUGCACCUGGAUGUGGGCGAUGAAGUCUUCAUCAAGCUGGACGGCGGGAAGGUGCAUGGAGGGAACACCAACAAGUACAGCACUUUCUCUGGCUUCAUCAUCUACCCGGACUGAGCCGGCCCCAUCCUCCACCCCCCUCGCUUGCCCUUUAUCUCCUCUUCCCUCCUCACCCUCUUUCAGUUGGCCCCACCCAAGGCGCCACCCCAUCCUUUGAGACCCUGGCUGUGGGGUGGACCAAGUCUGCUCCCCGAGGAGGCCUUACUGGGCAGACUCUCAGUGCUUCCAGAAUUAGUGGCUGGGGAGCGGACCACCCACAUCCUGUGAAAGCGGGUCUGAGAAGGGUGGAGGCGGUGGCCCUCUCUCCCGCUGGGAGCUGGGGACAGUCUCACUAGCCAGACCUGGCGUUGUAGGAGGGAGAACAGAGAUAGGAGUCCAUCUAGGUGGGAGAUGUUAGGACUGGCGUAGGCACUGGUCCUCUGUCAUGAAACCUCUUGCCACCCCCAUUUUUCAGGCUCCAGGCUCCUGCCUUGGCAGCCUUCUAGUGAACUGGAGGAACCAGUGAAUUCUUUCCUAGCAUUUAAAAUCGGUUCUGUACAGUCCCCAUUUCACCUCCAUCUGGGCUGCUGUUGCCUCUUCCAAUAAAGAGACA